AUGUCUCAAUUGCUUCUGACAGCUACGGUCGUGCUCCUCAUUCUGGUCGGAAUCGUCAGUGCCGAUAUCAUGGGAUUUGCAUUCUGGAAGAGCAAUCAGUUCCAAGUCGAGGGACAGACGGUGCUUCUUACUGGCUCCUCCCAGGGUAUGGGUCGCGAAGUUGCUCGAUUACUAUCUGCUCGCGGCGCAAACCUCAUCCUCGUCGCCCGGACUACCAAGAACCUCGAGGUAGCUGUCGAACACGCGAAGGCUCAUGCAAGGAACCCUGCGACUCAGCGCUUCACUUUUAUUUCGGCUGAUGUGACCUCCGAAAGUGAAAAUGCGCGCAUCGUGUCAGAGGCCAUUGCCUGGAAUAAUGGCAAGAUGCCAGAGAUCGUAUGGUGUAUCGCAGGGUCCGCAAAACCGGGGCUAUUCAUAGAGACCAGUACAGACACCUUGCGGACACAAAUGGAGCUGAAUUACUUCGCUGCGGCAUACCUAGCACACGCGACCUUGAAAGCCUGGUUCUACCCCGAACAACCGUAUAAGCCACACGGCAAAGGCCAAGCGCUGGAGCCUCCCAGGAAAUUUAUCAUCACAUCAUCUGUCAUUGCCUUUAUCAACCUCGCAGGCUAUUCGCCUUACGCUCCGGCCAAAGCAGCCCUACGCUCUCUUGCCGACGGUCUACGCUCCGAAGUGCAGCUAUACAAUGCUGCGCGGCGUUCAAAGAGCCCCGGUAGCACUCAAGCACCUGCACCAUUCGACGUCGACAUCCACCUCAUUCUCCCUGGAACAAUCCUCUCUCCAGGGUAUGAGAACGAAGAGAAGACCAAGCAUGCCGUGACUCGUGAGCUUGAGUCUACGGAUCCCAAACAGACGGAGCUCGAGGCUGCCACAGCUGCGGUACAAGGUUUGGAGGCUGGAAAUUUCAUGACAGCGACCAAUUGGCUCGGAGAACUGAUGCGUUUGGGUACGCUGUCUGGGAGUCAGAGGAACAACGCCAUAAUCGACACCAUGGGCGCCUGGAUCGCAACCAUCGUGUGGCUUUUGGUUGUUCCAGACCUCAACAGCAAGGUUUGGGGCUGGGGUAAGAAGAACGGGAUGCCCAAGUUCAGACGCAAUGCACAGUAA